ACGAGCCAGUCCAAAGACCACCGGACAGAGCAAGACCGGUGGGCAGUCGUCCAAAGGCAAAGGUUUCUGGCGCUCAUUCGCCCUUGUAGACAGGGAUAUUCGACAUCCCAGUCCCAUCCAAGAGGAAGAGGAUGACGACGUCCAGAUGAUCGAUGACGCUCUGGAAGUGACUGGUACCGGUGGUACCACACCACAACCAGUGCCUCUCACAUCGGUAGAUGAUUUCCCCGCAGACCACUGGAUUGAACCAGGCACUGACGACAUGCCACCUCCACCACCGGUUAUGGCCCCAGAGGACGACAUCCGGGACUCACCCAUCCCUCCGGUCCAUCAUCCACUCUCCCCCAUCGCACCUUCCGGGUCCCUUCCAUCCAUCCAGCACCCUCUCGCUAAUGAGGAGAUGGAGGCCAUGAUAGAAGUUGACAUCCGGCAAGAUGACCUGGAGCGUUGCAUCAAAGUCGCCAAAGCAUUGGAUGCUGCCAUGACCGUGCAGAUCGACCGGAUACAGGGGGAUGUGGACGCGCACCAGAGACUCAUAACUGGGUUGUCCAUCCAACUCCAAGCAGUUGUGAGGUAUAUGAGGGGGGAUAGGUCCGAUGAAGGGACAGCAACAACCCCACCAGCAUUCAAUCCACCCCCCAUUGUUGCCAGCCCAUCCAUCAGUGCAUUCGGUUGCACGUUGACCAACGACGUCUUCACUCCGGAUGCAUCUUGGAUGAGCGCCCAGACCGGUGGUGAUCUCAUUGGCAUUGAAGACGGCUCACCAGUCGCAAGGCAAGCACGGGCGCCAUCCACUUCCACCAUCAACCCGGCACUCACCACAACAGUAUCCGGCCCAUCUGUUCCUCUGGGUGAUGCACCACCAGUACCACCUCUCAUUCUCCUGGUGGGGUCCAUGCCUCCAUCUGGCACCCUUCACGCAUUGAUCACCAGAGGGCCGUCAAAUGUGCUGGACAAUGGUCAGUCCACCUUGGCUCCUUUGCCACGCCAACAAUAUGGACCUCUAUCCCUCCAACAUGGUCAGUCGGCGAGCACUAGGCAUGCUAAGAAGCCUUCCAGUGACAUGGAGAAGUAA